AUGAUGUUCAUCAACGAAAUCACCAUGGUCUUGACUCUCCUCGCGGCCACCACCCUCGGCCUCGUCCCUGCCGCUGCCCCAGCCAUCGGCGAGAUGACCUACUACGACCCCAACACCGGCAACCAGGUCGCGUGCGGUGGUUUCUUCCAGCCCGCCGACCGGAUUGCCGCCGUGGGAGCGGCCCACUUCGACGGCAAGGAUGUCUGCGGCAAGGUCGCGUCCGUCACUCACAACGGCAAGACGGUCACCGCCGUCAUCCGUGACCGCUGCGAGGCCUGCAAGCCCGGCGACAUCGACGUCACCCCGACCGUCUUCCAGGAGCUUGCCCCCCUCGGGGCUGGCCGCGUCCCUGGCGUGUCUUGGACUCUUGCCUAA